AUGAACGGGAGCGCAAUGAACGGCACCGCUGGCAACUCGACCGCGGUUCGAGCCGGGGACACCUUGCGUAUGGCGCUCACCGUGGUGUCCACCCUGCUCAUGUGCUUCGUCAUGCUGGCGCUCGGCUGCUCCGUGUGCCUUGACCGCAUCCUGCAGCACCUCAAGCGGCCGUGGGCCGGGCUGACCGUGGGCUUCGUCUGCCAGUUCGGGGUCAUGCCGCUCGCGGCGUUCGCGCUGGCACGCGGCCUGCGGCUCGGCGCGGCCGAGGCGUCAGCCGUCCUCAUCCUGGGCUGCUGUCCGGGGGGGUUGGCCUCCAACCUCAUCUCGUACUGGAUCGACGGAGACAUGGACCUCAGCAUCAGUAUGACCGUGGUCUCGACCCUCCUGGGACUCGGCAUGAUGCCACUGUGCCUCUACAUCUACAGCAGAUCGUGGCUCGAUGAUUCUACUUUCGUCAUCCCCUACAACACCAUCGGAAUCACGCUGGCAUUGUUAGUCAUUCCGGUCAUAUUAGGAAUGCUCCUUCGUCACAAGUGCCCUGCACACGCCUGCCGCAUGCUCAAGUUGGGCACGGUGGUGGGCAGCCUGGUGCUCGUGGUGACGGCGGCACUGGGCAUCAUCUCCUACAACAGCCUGCAGAACAUGAGCAUGUACAUCUGGUUCAUCGCAGCAGCCUUGCCACUCAUCGGAUUUCUCCUGGGUUAUGUUCUCGCCAUGCUGUUCCGGCAGCCACCGUUCAGGUGCCGCACGAUCAGCGUGGAGACUGGCGCUCAGAGCAUUCACCUGUGCAGCGGCGUGCUGCAGAUCUCCUUCCCGCCGGAGCAGCUCGCUCUCAUGUUCUCCUUCCCCAUCGCCUACAGCGUCUUCCAGUUGGUCUACGCCAUCCUCAUGAUCACUGGUUAUCAGAUUUACAAGCGACAGCAGCAGGGCCAGGUGAGCGUGGACCAGGAGGCUGUGGCGCCCAACCUCGUCAGCUACCGCGAAGGGCAUCGCAAACAAACCGCGGCAGGCCACGACGGGGCCGAUGCAGACGCCAGGGAGGAGAUCGCUGCGGACAAAACGCGACCUUGACUUCCUCGCAACGUCCUUGCGGCCCACCCCACAAAUGCCCUCGUGUCACUUCUCGCCAUGGGUGGAAAAAACCCGAUUUUUCCAGCGACAGGCAUCGGGUUUUUCCUUUAAUACAAUUAAACCCGAUUUCGGGGAAUUAAAACCUGGUUUAAUGAAUACGAACUCUGAUCCAAGGCUUAGGCUGCUUCCUCGUCGGUGCUGCUGUCGUACUCGGGGGGCCGUCGGGCACGGGGUAGUCGUAGAAUGCGGCGGGCAGGUUGGUCUUGAUGAACACGAGCUUCUCCUCCACAAUCGUGGGCGCCAGUGAGUUCCUUAGCUUGGAAUGGAUGAAGCCCGUCGUUGAGAAGUUCCGCUCGGAUGCCGCAAUUAGAACCAAUUAAACCGGAUUUCUCCCAAUCUCAGAUGAUCGAGUUUAAUAUAAAGACAAUUAAACCCGAUUGUUAAAAACCCGACUAGGGGGGACACAUUCCCCCCC